GCUCUUCAUAUUUAAAGCGAAUGUUUUGCGCUCACGAGUCAAAUUUUUUCAAACGUUUUGGUUGCGUCGCCGCUCCUCCGACCCACAUAGAUGGGCACCAACUUUAUCUGAAAAACGCCCGCUAAAUUACAACAAUGAAGUGGGUUUUAGGGGGAAGGAUGCAAGAAAAAGAUGACGGGGGCAAAUUAACGCAAUAUCUUGCUGUGUUAAGUGCCACUGUCGUUCUCUUCACGUCCGGUCUGUACCAGGGAUGGCCUGCUCCAUCGUUAACCAAAAUAUUUUCUGACGAGUACCCAUUCGAAGUUAAUGAAGAGGAAGGCUCGUACAUUACCAUAAUUGGACCGAUGGGACACGUAAUUGGUGGUUUCAUAUGGUCUUAUCUUUUAGACAAGAUUGGAAGAAAGAAGGCUUUGUUGACUAUCUCGAUACCACAGAUUCUGUCCUUUGGUCUUAUAUUCUUCUCGUCUUACGGAAAGUACCUCCUCUACAUCGCAAGAGUGUUGGGUGGUAUGGGCGAAGGUGCUUCAUUUACGGUGGUGCCUGGCUAUAUAGCGGAAGUCGCCGAACCAGAAGUACGAGGAAUUUUAGGUUCUUUCAUAUGUUCAUCAAUUAGUAUCGGUCUCUUGGUCAUCAAUUUGGUGGGAUCUUUCAUGGAUAUCCAUGCCACCGCUCUGGUUUGCCUCGCGUUCCCCAUAUUCUUCCUAUUGAUAUUCAGUAUCAUGCCAGAGACACCAUAUUUUCACUUAAUGAACAAAGACGUCGAAAAAGCAAGAGAAUCUUUGCAGAUUUUGCGACGACAACACAAUGUGGAGAAAGAGUUGAAGCAGCUAACGGCCGAUGUAGAACGGCAGAUGUCGGAAAGAGGAACAUUCAAAGACUUAUUCUUUAUAGAUUCCAACAGAAGGGCUUUAAUAAUGGUGGUAUGCAUGAGGUUUUUCGGUUUAUUCAGCGGAGCUGUAGCGUUUGCGUCUUACAACCAAAUCCUAAUCGCCCAGUCGACGAAUAUAGACCCAACCCUGGGUUCCACGAUUAUCUUAAUAAUUUUAAUAGCCACCGUUUUCUUGUCUUGCUUUUACAUUGACCGUAUUCGCAGGAAAACGUUGUUCACAGUUUCUUCCGCGUUUGUUUCUCUAUCCCUAUUUAGCCAAGCAAUUUUCUUGACCAUCAGAGACUAUACGUCAGUUGAUGUAUCGUCCUGUUCAUGGCUUCCCCUGCUUAUAAUGAUCAUUUUCAAUUUCGCCUUCAUGGCUGGAAUCGGAGUGGGUGCCAACAUUUUCAUAGGAGAAAUCUACUCCACUAGCAUAAAAUCCAAAGCUAUGUUCAUAGGGUCGGUGGUGUUCAGCACAUGCGUGAUCUCCACGACCAAGUUUUACCAAUAUACCGCGGAUAACCUGGGACUGGCUGUUCCGUUCUAUUGUUUCGGGAUAAUUACCUUUUUCGGGACGCUGUUUUACCACUUCGUUAUGGUGGAAACGCAGGGAAAAUCUCUGGAAACCAUACAGCGGGAGCUCAAGGGGAUGAAGGAUACGCCUAAAUCGACUGCUUGACACCGUGAAAAGGAAUCGUUUAUAUGACUGUGAUAUUUUUCAUCUUGCUUUCUAAAUACAU